AUGAUUAACAAUACUGAUAUUCCAAGCAAAGAAUGCCGGAAUCUUCUGUCAGCUAUUUCCAAUCCCCAUAUAGUAGACGACCUUCUCAACAAAGAGGUGGAGAAAGGAUUCUUACAAGGACCAUUCGACACGCCCCCAUUUACAAAAUAUAGAGUGAGUCCCAUUGGAGUUAGUUUCAAAAAAUAUUCAAAUAAAGGACGUCUGAUAAUGGACCUAUCAGCCCCUCACUCAGAAGCUUCAGAUCCCAGCAUAAAUUCUCUCAUCGAUAAAGAAAAAUGUUCACUUUCAUAUGUUACAACUGAUGACGCCAUAAAAAUAAUUCAGAAACUAGGUUUUGGAACCACCAUGUGUAAAACAGACAUAUCUGAUGCUUUCAAGUUAAUACCAAUUUCACCAUCUCAGUGGCACUUGUUUCUUCUUAAAUGGAAAGGUCUAUAUUAUUUCUACACAAAACUCGCUUUCGGCUGUAGAUCUAGCCCCAGAAUAUUUGACUGCCUCGCCGAAGCUAUUUGUUGGAUAGCCACCCACAACUACGGCAUCAAGCAUAUUUUACACCUGUUGGACGACUUUAUCACCUUCGAGGAGCCAGAGAAGUGUGGAGAAAGAAACAUGGCCCUACUCAUGCUCAUCUUUAAGAGGCUAAACAUACCUAUAGCCAAACACAAGACAGAAGGUCCAGACACCACCAUUACCUUCCUCGGCAUCACAUUAGACUCUGUUAAGAUGGAAGCACGACUGCCUCCUGAGAAAAUCUCCAGAAUCAUAUCGUUCCUUGACGAAUUUCUCCAAAAGAAAUCUUGUACCAAAAGAGAGCUUCUACAAAUUUUGGGCCAUCUUAGUUUUGCGAGUAGGGUCAUAGUUCCAGGGCGCUCCUUCGUGUCACAACUCAUUACACUGUCCACAUCAGUUAAACAACUCCAUUUCCACGUCACGUUAAACAAAGGCUCCAGAGAAGACAUGAACAUGUGGUUAAUCUUCCUCAAACAAUGGAAUGGCAUAUCUAUGUUCUACAACCAAAUAGAAGUUAGCUCCGAUGCCCUGCAACUCUAUACAGAUGCUUCAGGAACCCUUGGUUAUGGGGGGUUCUUUCAAGGACGUUGGUUUUCAGAAUCCUGGCCAUUGCCCUUGCAACGUACAUGCAAGGACAGUGAUGAACUCUCUAUAGCAUUUCGUGAACUUUACCCGAUCGUUGUGGCGGCACUGCUGUGGGGUCACUCGUGGAGGAAACAACGCAUUGUCUUCUCCUGCGAUAAUCAAGGCACCGUGGCUAUCAUCAACAAAGGCCGUUCUAAAUGCCCAAAAAUCAUGGCACUCGUUCGUCGUCUAACACUAUGUGCAGCUAACAAUAAUUUCGUUUUCAAAAGCAAAUAUUUUGAAGGCCACAAAAAUGUUAUUGCUGACUGUCUGUCUCGAUUACAGAUUCCCAAGUUCCGACAGCUGGUCCCAGCUGCCAACAAGAAGUCCUGCACCGUUCCAGGAUACAAGGAAGUUCUGAAAGACUUGACAGUAUUGUAG